AUGCAAUCCGUCGGUGCUUCAGAUCUGAAAUCGCUCAUCCCGGCGACCCACCCGGGUCCCGGACGUGUCAGCCCGAUCCGGCUGUCCGUUCGCUGCGCCUCUCGCUACAACUCGGCCAACGGCAACGCCAGCGUCGCUUCGGCCGGCGGCCUGAACCUCGGCCAAGUCGGCCGCGCCCGACACGAGUGGCAGAGCGCGUGCGCCAUACUCGCGAGCAAGGUGUCGUCCCAGGAGCAGGAGAUCGAGAAGUCCUCCUCCGAGGGAAUGUCCGCCGUCAACGGCUGCCCGUCCCUCGACCUAGUCCCCGUAAGCGACCAGUCCCGAUCCCCCGCCCCGCUCCCUAAGCCGCUGACCAUCACCGACCUGUCCCCGGCGCCGAUGCACGGCGCGAGCCUCCGGGUGGCGUACCAGGGCGUCCCGGGCGCGUACAGCGAAGCGGCCGCCGGUAAAGCCUACCCGGACUGCGAGGCCAUCCCCUGCGAUCAGUUCGAGGUCGCGUUUCAGGCGGUGGAGCUCUGGAUCGCAGAUCGGGCCGUUCUGCCUGUGGAGAACUCGCUCGGCGGCUCGAUCCACCGCAACUACGACCUCCUCCUCCGCCACCGCCUCCACAUCGUGGGUGAGGUGCAGCUCCCUGUCCACCACUGCCUCCUCGCCCUCCCCGGCGUCCGGAAGGAGUACCUCACCCGCGUCAUCAGCCACCCGCAGGCCCUCUCCCAGUGCGAGAAUACCCUGACCAAGCUCGGACUCUCGGUUGCCCGAGAGGCGGUGGACGACACCGCCGGCGCCGCGGAGUACAUCGCGGCGAACGGCCUACGCGACACGGCAGCGAUCGCGUCGUCACGCGCGGCCGAGCUGUACGGCCUGGAGGUCCUUGCGGACGGGAUCCAGGACGACUCGGGGAACGUGACCCGGUUCGUGAUGCUGGCGCGCGAGCCGGUGAUCCCCCGGACGGACCGGCCGUUCAAGACGAGCAUCGUGUUCGCGCACGACAAGGGGACGAGCGUGCUGUUCAAGGUCCUGUCGGCGUUCGCGUUCAGGAACAUAAGCCUCACCAAGAUCGAGUCGCGGCCGCACCGGAACUGCCCGAUCCGGCUGGUGGACGACGCCAACGUGGGGACGGCGAAGCACUUCGAAUACAUGUUCUAUGUCGACUUCGAGGCGUCGAUGGCGGACGUUAGGGCGCAGAAUGCGCUGGCCGAGGUGCAGGAGUUCACCUCCUUCCUUAGGGUUUUGGGGAGUUACCCCAUGGAUAUGACGCCAUGGACGCCGUCGGCCUCCGGCGGGGAUUAG